AUGCUGCCGAAUAACGAGGUUCGCGUGCCCCCGCCGCGGGUGGUUGCGCAGCCCGCAGUCCCGCGCGACAUCACCGCCGAAUUUACGGAGGCCGCCUCGAACCUACGGACCGGUCAGCUCGUCAAAGAUGAGAUGUUCACGCUCUUCGAGGCCGUGGGCGCAUUGGAGAUCAUGGACUCAAAAAUGGAUAGCGGCUACAUUGCCCCCGGCGAGAACCAAGCGCAGGCCCUCGAGGAUGAUUACGACGUGCGACGAGACUUGACACCAGAGGAGGUAGUGGGCUUGAUGGACCAGUUACUUUGCCACGAGAUGGCAUGGCAUAUGGGUCAUCCUCUUUCCCAAACGCUUUUUACCUCUAUCUACAUCGACAAGCUGCUUUGGCCGGUACCAAGAACAAUGGAAGACGCCCGGUUCGAUCGCGUACCUAGUGAAUCACCCCUAGUGAACCUUGUGCUCCGUGCAUACUGCCUCGGCCUGGUCAAGUCGUGUGAUUUCGUCCAUUCCCGCGUGGCGAACGAGUAUUUCUAUGAGGAAGAGGAUUUCGUUACACAAUUAUACAACCGCAAUCUCCUAUCGAUCUUUGAUUCGUCAAAUUUCUACCGCCUGCUGGAUCAGGCGGUUGACUGGGUGGAUGCAGAGGAAGGAAUUGAUCAAAGGGUUCGAGAGGCUAUUCGCUGUAGACUUCUGCUCCGGCGCGAGUUCUUAUCUUCCCUGGAUCAAGACCUCGAAGUUCUGGACACGAGAUCAAGUGAUAACUUUGUAUCCUGUCUAUCGUAUUUGGAGGCCUUGACUGCUUCUGUGUCCCUCGGAAAGGCAGUCCCCGAAGCGUUUAGUUUGAAGAUUCAACGCAAACUCGCCAGCACCGUGCCACCACGCCCGAUUGUUCACAUUGGCCAUGAUGACGCGCUCGCCCACUUGAAACGCCUCUGUCAGGAUGCUAUGGACAUGCAACAGAUGCUAGACUACCGCGGUCCUAGCGAUUUCAAGACCGCCGUGUGGACUUUGAUGUCCCGAAAACCUCAACCGUCCGUUUACAUUCGUACCCUCCUCCAAGCAUUGAUAGUCCACGAGAUGAAGAUUCUAGGGGCUGUUUCCGUGAAGCAAUUUCUCUACGACGAUCUCGCGGAGCUAGUUUUGCCCGCCAGCAUGCUACUUGAGGCCAACACGGAUGAUGUAGAGCUACCCUCUGAUCCACGGUUUCAGAUUGCCCAAAGGAUGGAAGGGUUUGUGAAGCGGUUUUCUCAGCCUUUUGUGGAUACUGUUCGAAGUGCCUGUAUCAACCGAUGUCGAAUUCGUCGGACUGUGUGCCAUACUGUUGUUGAUUGGGAUCAUCUUCAGAUGGAGGCGGAAGACCUCGACCUCCAAUUGCAAACCCUCAGCGCCGAGCCUGCUGUGCAACUCCAAGGGGGAGAAGCCACUUUUUCGUACCCACUUAGUAGUUGGGCCUACCAUCAAAAGUUGAAUCAACUUCGACUGAUCCUCCAAACGGGAUUCGAACUCUCAAUAUACGCCCCUGAGGAGCUACCUGGGAUGUAUUGGUAUCUCUCUCACAUCUGCUCUACACAUCUCGGCCAUCUUGACCGUAUCCGCACAUUCACUGUCGCCGCCCGCAAGCGAGACCUGGUGUCAACCGAAAGUCGCAAAGACAACCCCACCAGAAAGGCGUCUGCAUUUCACCAUUCCUUUGUACACCUUGAAAGGCUGACAACUCAAUUAAUCGCGGUGGACGCCUUUGCGAUUGCGCUGCAUGCGCUGUACGUUCUCCUAGCCCGACACAAGGUCCUUCCGUCGGCUUCGGGGUCCGACGCCUAUUCGGCCGAUCGGCUCCGCUAUGAACUGCGCAUGAAGCCCUUUGUUCCCAUUUCUCUACCGGAGCUCGUUCCGUAUGAAGAGUAUCAACGCGAAGCUACGCUUGACGGUGAUUCGGACGCCAUCAUUCUCGAGCGUGCCUCGAAAGCUAUCACCGAAGCACGAAAGGCAUGGGAGGUAACUCUCGCCAAUGGCGCAUUCAUCGAGGAUCCUGUCUCUCCGGCCAAGGGUCCCCCAACAGCCAUUGAGGAAGAUUGGCGACGGGAUAUCAAAGAUGCGAUGCGUGCCUGCAUUGGUGCCAGCAUCGCCAUCGAGACAGUUAAGAAGAGUCUGGUGGGAGAUUUCCCGCCCUCUGAAAGCAACCCACUUGCGCUCCAAGUAAUAAUUCCCGAGCCGGGCUCCAAGGCCCAAUGGCAUGACUGGUGGAUUGUCCCCCAGGUGUCUGCAAAGCAACCCGAGACGACGAAGGCCUCGUAA